AUGCCUUCCCAGCCGCGCAUACUCAUUGCCGGAGCCGGCAUCGGCGGACUGAGCACUGCCCUGGCUCUACACGCCGCAGGCCACACAGACAUCCACAUCUUCGAAGCCUCCUCGACCCUCACGACCCUGGGUGUUGGUAUCAACGUCCAACCCUCGGCAGUCCUCAUCUUGCGGAACCUAGGACUGCUCCCGGCGCUGGAGAAGACGGGCGUGGCGACCCAGGAACUCAACUACUACAACCGGCACGGCGACAGCAUCGUGAGCGAGCCGCGCGGAGAAUAUGCCGGCUACGCGGUCCCGCAGUUCAGCAUUCACCGCGGGGAAUUCCAGAUGCUUCUUCUGGACGUGGUCAAGGAGCGGCUGGGCGCGGAAAGGGUGCACGUCGGUCACGCGCUGAGUACCUGGGAGCAGAAGGAGGAUGGAGGAGACUCGAUCACAGCGCACUUUGUCAGGCGCAGCAGCGGGCGGACGAAUGGCGCAUGCCCAAGCAUGACGGGCGCCGUGCUCAUCGCUGCGGAUGGCAUCAAUAGCACGGCGCGGAAGGUGCUGUACGCGAACGAGGGGCCGCCACGCUUCUCAGGGCGGAUCUUGUGGCGCGGGUGUACGGUGCGAGACGAGUAUCUAACGGGAGCGUCGAUGAUCUGGGCGGGCCACGCGGACCAAAAGUUCAUUGCCUACCCAAUAGGCAGGCGCCCUGGGGACAAGUCGCUCGUGAACUGGAUCGCUGAGCUUCGGGUCCGAAAGGAGGGCGACCCUGACCUGACGCCGCCUCCCACAGACUGGACGAGGCCCGUUGAGAAGAGCGUGUUCCAGGGACCGUUUGCAGGAUGGACCUGUGGUGGCCUGAAGAUGAUGGAGGACCUGAUCGAGCCUACCGAAAAGGUGUUCGAGUUCCCCAUGUGCGAUCGUGACCCAGUAGACAGGUGGACUUUUGGCCGCAUGACGCUGCUUGGUGAUGCGGCGCAUGCCAUGUACCCAAUUGGCUCCAACGGCGCCACUCAGGCCAUCAUCGAUGCCGAGACGCUGGCACUCUGCAUCUCUGAGAGUCUCGAGGAUCUGCCUGCGGCUCUGACAAAGUAUGAGAAGACGAGGCUUCCGCCGACGGCCAAGAUUGUGAUGGCAAAUCGGGCAAACGGCCCGGAUCACGUCUUACAACUUGCGGAAGAGAGGGCCCCAGAUGGAUUCAAAAAUGUCUAUGAUGUGAUUCCCAAGGAUGAGCUCGAGAGCAUUGGUGCAACGUACAAAACCAUUGCUGGUUUUGAGAUGGAUAACGUCAAUAAAAAGGCAAAGGAGACAGAGGGGUUGGCCGCUAGAUGGAGUUAA